AUGUCUGUUUUCCUCUACUUUCCGCGACGGUCACACCUUCAACAAAUAAUUCAGCUCCCCGUGCAUAUGCUCUGUACUGUCAUACGUAUAUCAUUCGCUGAUGAGUCUUUCCUCAAGACUGACGAACAUGCUUUUGUUGGAUUCACCGAGCCCUUUGACUUUUCAGGUUAUUUAGCUCACGAUCAUCAGAUUUCACCCAUAUACUCUACACAUGAUGUGGGGGUGAGCCUGAAUCGACGAUUCGAAAUCAUGGGUAUUUUGGCUGUUCCUCGGAAUGGGGAUUUAGUAUUUUAUGAGGUGUUUGAAAAGGAGGUCGGCGGCGCCAAUUUUCUGAGGGCGGUCAAGGCCCUUUAUUGUUGGCCAAACUCUUUAGGGAGAGCUAGUGAUUUGCAAGUGCUGGCAGAUUAUUGCAUCCAAUUCUGGGAUGCUCCUUUUCCGAAUGGAUUCCCGCCUCCUCUCGCCACCAUCGAGGCAGCACCUCUUCCACACUCAUCACAUCUCUCUGCUUCUUCCAUCAACCAAGAUUUCUCUGCGCAUAUAUGUUCAAUUCCUGCUUCAGUCGGGCCAAGUUGGGACACAGACUCCUUUGACGCCCAUAUUGGUGCUGCAUCUGGUAGUCAUGACUAUUCGGUGGUUAUUCCUACGUCGGUUCGAGAUGAAGAACCGACAACUUUCCUACCUAUUCCGCACCUAUCACAGCCGAAUUCUGUGUCUUUUGAGGAAUACCUCUCUGAGUACGUGCCUUCCGAACUGCCAUCAGCUGGGCCAAGUUGGCUAGAAGAAAUCAACCACACAUCCUUCAUGCUAUCCACCAAUGACUACAUCAAAACCAACGACACCAUCAUUGAACACCUCCCCGUCACCCUCCCCAUCAAUCCAACAAUGGACUACUGGAUGCUCAUUUAUCACUCCCUGAAGAAAACUAACUGGGGCCGUCCGAUGCUUCUAACUAGGUCCUUAUACCUAGGAUGCUUCUGGGUGGGAUUAGAAAACCCAUUUGAGAUUUCUGAACGGCUCGCACGCAAGAUUAUUACCAACAGCCUUUUGACGGCAAUAGAUAUUGAUGAGACCACAUUGCAAGAUUUGAUUGACAAACCUCUGAUCCUUGAGUCGCCAAAGGGACAUUUCACUGCUGUUGGAUGGGAUGUCCUUCAUCGAACUCUCACUAAGUAUGUGGAUAACAGAUGUUCCGAGAUGCGCAAAAUCGCCCGGGCGUGCAUCUUAAAUGACACAGGAUUCUCGGGCGAGUCAAUAAUGGAGCAAAAUGUGAAAGCUGACCACUUCCUUGGGCUUCUUUGUUCAGCCAAUGUAGACAGGGUACGACAAGCCAUAAUAGAAAUCAUGGCACUUCAUAUGUUCAGGGACUCUUGUUCGCGUGCUUGUUUCAACAUAUCAUCGGCUUGGCCAAAGACAACCAUGUCGGGAGAGUCGCGGAUCUCUUCCCGGAAGAAGUCCGAGAUCAGUGAGGUCUACAACAAGGUGUAG